UGUUAGCGGAUAUGCCAAUACCGUUUAUAGGAAAAUUUUAAUGGCCCGUUCGUUGCCCUUUGAAGAUUGUGGUUCACGUUAUUUGAUAUUGUAUUUGAGUAUAUCCAGCUGUAAUAGCAUACCAUGUGUUAUGUAUCGUGGAACUACGGUCAAAGUCAAUGUGCUAUUCGAUGACGAUGGAAAUAAUACAACAUAUUUGAAGCACGAAGUGCGUUGGAUAUUUAAUGCCAUUAAAACGGAUGCUCACAUUAGCCCGGAUCCCUGUGACGGAGAUCAUGAAUGCAUUUCAAAUGAUACGGAUGGUAAAACGUAUUAUGCCGUCGUACAUGUCAACAAUACCCUGCCGAUGGUACGCGGUACAAUGAUGUGGCAGGCUGAAAACGAAUACAAUCAGGAUGUGAUUUGUUUUAAAGUUCCCGUUUUUAUACAAAUGCCCGAAGGAAUAUAA